AAAACAGAAUUAGAAAAGCAAAACUCAACCUCUGAGCCGAAGACUUUUGUCACUCCAGGUUGUCGUUUGUCGGUUUAAUCCACACUGGUGUUGUCUGCUUGGCUGACUGCUGGACAUGAAGUGAUGAAUGGGACCUGCUCCAGGUCCUGAUAGAUUUUUUCCCACCUUGUUAUGAGUGUAUUGACUUCAGCUCUGAAUGGCAAGAGUGAGAAAUAGCAGUGGGGUUCGGGACUCCUCUGGGUGGGGGUUGAAGACAGGGCUCUCUUAAAGACCAGGCAAAGUGUUUUUUGUCCCUAAGGCUAAAGUCACAAUAAAUGAAACUAUUUUGACAAUAGAAGCAAAUGUUGACUCAUUACAAGCAACAUAGACAGAAGAGUUUUGUAUAAUUUCCUGAUGAAGGCUUGAUGCCAAAACGUGUCAAGUCAGUUUUUAAGGUCUACAUGACCAUGCCGUUUGAAUAACGACAUAUUAAUAGUAUGAAGAGAGUGCCUUGGAGUUUUUCUCUUUUUGCCUCAUAGAAAGAAAAAAGGUUCAAAUAUUUGUGAACUCCAGCUGUUCUUAAAUCUUAUCAUGUAGGCCAAUAUCUUAUGUUUUGACAUUUGAGGGCUUAGCUUGAGGGCUUAAAAAGGGUGAUGAUGAAUAAAAUAUAUAAAGUAGAACUACGCUUUAAAACAGUGUGAACUGCAAGCCCUGUGAUUGGUCUUCUUAGUGACAGUUAUUUCCAGUUUAAGGUUAAAUAAGAAGAGAUUAUAAGUAAAACAAAGGCUAAAAGAACAGUAUGUCAAAAUAAGAUAGAGGUAAAAGAGAAUAGAUAAAAGAUGGCAUCACAUAAAAGCAAAUCUGUAAAAGAUAAAAUAUUAAAAAAAAUAUUUCUAUGUUUUAUAAAUGUAUUUGCAUUUCUUAAAUAUUGCCCUAUUUUUUUCCAAAAUAUUUUUGUGUUUAUAAAAAUCCAUAUUUUUGGGGGGAUUUAUGAAAAUUAUCUUUCCAAUGUCAAUGAAAUAUUUUUGUUUGAAGUAUUUGUUAAUUGCUUCCCUAAAAAAUUGUGCCAAGAUUUUUCUUAAAUCAAUUAAGAAAUUUAUCAUUAAAAACAUUAGGAUUGGUCAAUGGGGGGCCCGCAUCUCAUGUCAGCCCCAUGGCCUUAAAGCAACCCUGGAGGUUGUGAAGGACUUUUUUAUGUGCUCAGAUUAAUAUAAAGUGUGCAACCUGACCUUCCAUUUUUGGUAUUUUGAAUAAGUUAUUUAAUGUGGUUAUUUAAUAAAGCCCCAAAACAUUUUUUAUUAAAUACAGAAAAACAUAUGUGUUUUCAUAAUUUAGUUGUCUCCAGUAUUGGCUAACAUUCCCAAAAUAUUUCUAUGUUUAAAAAUGUAUUUGCAUUUCUCAAAAUUUGCCCUGUUUUUUUUUUUCUUAAAUAUUUUUGAGUAUAUAAAAUUAACUUUGGUUUCAUUGAAAAACAAAAAAAUCAAAAAUGUUUGUUUAUAUAUGAAAAUUCUCUUUCCACUGUCAAUGGAAUAUGUUUGUGUGAAGUAUUUGUUAUUUACUUCCCUGAAAAAAUGUGGUAAGAUUUGUUUGUAAUCAAUUAAGAAAUUUAAAAUAAUCAUUAAAAACGUUCGGGUGGGUCAAUGGGGGGCCACAUCCCAUCUCAGCCCCAGGGCCUCAAAGCACUAACUGUGGCCCUGGAAGUUGUGGGGACUUUCUUAUGUGUUCAGAUUAAAAUAAAUCAUGCAACUAAACCUUCCUUUUUUAGUCUUUUGAAUACAUUAUUUACUGUGGUUGUUAUCACCUUUCUAAGUUAAGUUGAAAUUAUGUCUGGAAAAUAGGAAAUGGUGAACUUCCUGACCUCUGCAUCUGUCUGCCCGUCUGACGUCACGCGGUUGCAGGCGCGCACGGUCAGAGGAAGCGCAUCGAGCUUUUGCGCCAAAUGUCUUCAUGUCCUUCCCAGACCUCCUGCUCGGGCCAGAAAAGAAAAAAAAACCAAGUACAGUACAAAGAAAUGCGCCUGUCUCCCAACUCCACGUUAAAACAGUACCGUGUCCCUUUAAAAGCGUCUGACAAAAAGCCCAUAUGAUCCCCGAGCUCCAAUCACCAAUUCCUCCUGCAAAAGCAGCCUCUGCAUUUUUGUCUGUCUGAAUGCUACAGCAGCACGGGGGGGAAAGACUGAGGAUAAGGCAAAUAGUGAGGAAAUGUGACAAAUCAACGGUCUUUUUCAUGGCGAAGGGAAAACUGGUGCGAAAGGAGUUAUUCUGGGACUCCUUUGAGCCUCGAAACGCUGGAUCAAAAUGGUAGGCUACAGAGGAGCGCUGCAUUUUUGUUUAUUUUUUUGUCCCUGUUUGAUCUCUUGCAAAUUUGAGCUACUUAGCAGGCCGAUCAAACUUACCACACUUGUGCUUCAUUAUGUGCUGGGACCACCGGCUGUCACUUUGGAUGUAGUGCUUUGUAGGAUUUGCGGGGAAGUUUGUAACUUGCCGACAAGGCAGAAGUUGGAAAUUGAAGCUGCUGAAAGAAUGCAAUGGCUACAAUAGCUACAUUGAUGCGGAGAAGGAGUUAAAUUCUUUCAUAUCAGGGCGCUUCUGCAUAAAGGCUCAGGUCGAGACGGGUGCAAAUGUAGGAAGGAUGGGUGAAACUGAACCGCCAGACAGAGAGACAUGGCAGGACAAGUUUGUUCGGCUUUGACAUUCAUGCAUGCAGAGCAGAUUAGUAAAAAGGAGAAGAUACCACUCUUUAUUUUCUGUGUAACUUCACUUUGAUGCAGGUGACACUCAGGAGGAGGUGUUUGUAGAGGUAAAAUGAGGAGAUGUAACCCUCUUAGUUGUAUUGAAUACAGAAUAAAUUGCAUUUGUAGUUGUUCAAAUCACAGUUUUAUUGUAGCCUACAAUGUGCCAGUACAACAUGUGUUUGUCUGCAGAAUGAGGUCUGUGUCUGUUUUGGGAAAUGCCUGAGUUUGAUUCACCAACAUCCCUCUGUGACUGUGAUUAACUUGUAUUUUUAACUGGAUUCUUGAUGUUUCUAUUCCCCCUGUGUUAGCACAUAUGCAGAUGAUGGUGCACAGACACAGAGAGAGAAAGAGAGAGAGUUAUGGGAAUAGAGGCAGAUAGUCAGGCAGACAGUCCGCUCUGUCUCCAGGGUCAUUUUAGGAUGCCUCAUUAGAAAAGCAUGUGGAGCCUGAUGCAGCGGUGGAGUAAUCCCAGCGCGCGUUCACAUCUGGAGGCUUGGGUUAAUAUCUGGGUCAGGUCAGCGGGGUUAGCCCUGGUGCUCGCUGGGUGGCUUCUGGUGGGAGCAGAGAGGAAGAGGGAGGUUUUGGUACUGCUGGGAGUUUUUUUGUUUUUUUGUAUUUGCUUUUUUUUCAUACAGUAAUCUGUGAUCAAGUGCAAAGCAUGUUUUUUUUUUUGAAAAUGCAUUGUGCGGGUGAUUAGAGGGUCUGUAUCUUCUGACUGUUUUGGUAAACAUGCCCCAGAUAAUUUCUGCAAUUACUUUGUUGACAGCAAAAGCGGAUUAGCCCCUGCCAAUUUAGUUGUUAUCAAUAGCCUCACCUUAUAUCCUGUAAACUUCACAUUCAUGGACAGAUUAGUGAGCGGCCCUAUCGGGCGCAGGCUCAGUGGCCGGAAGGGUCAGAAAGCCUCUGACGACAGCCUCUGUAAAGAGUGACUAUUUGUAUACUACUACAAACAGACAUAAAAAAAUUUAAAGGGAUACAAAGCGACAAACAUAGAUGAAAUAGAGAUUUAAGGGAUUCAGAGUUCAAACAAAAAAAUACAAAAAAGUGCAAAAUAACUCAAAAAUGUGUGAACUACAAAGACAUGCAAAUCAGCCACAAAGACACAAAACGAAAAGUCGCCUGUUUGUGUCAUUUAUGAGUGAAUUAAAAAAAACAACAUCAGGUCAAAACAAACUACUUUAAAGAAAUGUAAAACAACCCAAAAAAAAAAAAAAAGACACAGAAAAACUAAAAUAACGCCAAUCCCCUCAAAUGGAUGCCGUUAAACUAAAAUAAAGAAAUGUUACAUAAAACAACUACAAAGAGAUGCAAAUCUCCCUCCGAAAUAUUCAGGAAAAACUAUAAAAGACUUGUUUUUUUUUCCCCACAACAUCAACAAAACUCACUUCAACCAGACUUAAAAUGAGAAAAGAAAACCAAUCCCACAGAGAUGCGGGAACAAGGGGAAAGAUGUUCACAGCUCACACAGAGACACAGAGUGGCUGCUGAGAGACAACACUUGGAGGUCAUACUCUUUGUGAUCAUUUGUCUCUGGCUCUUGCGUGUCUCUGUGCCCUUGGUGCAAUAACGAGUUAUUUUUUUUUCUCUAAUUAAAUGGAUCAUCUUAAAUGUCUUAAUUCCUUUACAAGUAUACACUGCACCCUUUGUGCCCCCUGACGCUGCUUAAUUUCAGAGAGCAUUGUCAGGUCCUGAGCAGCUCCUUCUCUCUCCUCUCAGGGUGCUGUGAGUUUUACGUAACUGCCUAUUCAGGGCAUUCCUGCCCACCCUUGACUUUGAGGCUUCACUGUCUCUGGGUGCUGAGCGAGGAAACUUGUCUUUAGUCCUUGUGACAAGUGCAGCCAUUCUCCAGCCCCGGCAACAAACUCCAGCAGACAUCUUUGGCCCCUGGUGGGAGGCGGCUCUCCUUGGAAACUCAGACUGUACUGUAGGUGCUGCUAAUUUAUGCCCCUGAGAUUAAGAACAGUGGACAAGGCUGCAGAGAGCAAGGUCAAACUCAGCCGGCUUAUGUAAGGGCUUUUUUGUUCCUCCUGGUUAAAAUGGCAUAAGUUUGUUUCAAAAAUUUUGGCUUGUUUUUUGUUCUUUGGAAUAAAUCCACUUUUUACAAUUUUUUUUUUCUCAGCAGCUAGCUCACUGUCCUUCGGUCUCUUCACCCCUGUGGCUUUUCUUUAAAAAUAACUUUGAACUUUAUUAUCAAAGAGGCCAAACAGCUUUUCCCUUCUUGUGCAGCUUAAUAUGAGGAUUUCUAUUAGCCUUUCAUUGUCAGACGUUUAAAGAUAUUAAGGGAGUUUUUUUUUUGAGGGGCUCUGUCUGGAGUGUUCUUAUAGCUUUUAGCAGAAUUUAGGCCACAGAGAGAGAGAGAGAGAGAGAGAGACUUAAGAGGAGCUGUAAAGCAGAUCGAAAUGAGUUUUCAUGCUGUUUUCAGAGAUUUGCUGGGCAGGAGAGCAGGGAUACUUGAUCUGAUAGUCAUCGCGAAUAUUUGUUUCAUUUGGUCACACACACACACACACACACAGAUUCAUGUUUGGGUUUUAUAGAGAAUGAUGACACUCUUCUUCUUUAACAGCUUUCCUCUGUUUUAAAGAUGUUCAACAAAAUUAACCAGUAUAACUCCUUUGAAAUCUUUUUAUUUACCUAUUGAAAGAGUACUCUGAUUUUUUUUACUGGUUUAUUUAAUAUAAAAUUCAAUAUAUAUGUGUUGCUUCACAGGCGCAUCUAUGCUUUGUACAGUCAAAAACCAGCAAGUACAGAUUCCUGAGAGUCUUUGUCUCCAGCCAAGAAAUAGUUCACAACAUAACUCAUCCUAAAAUGGCAAAUUCAGGUGCUACAAAGUGUGUUUUGUCACUUUACAACUAUGCUGACUCAGAUGCAUGGUAACCUGCAAAUGGUCCUCCUCUCCUGCUCUGAGCCCAGAGUCUGAAUGACAGUGAAGUCACAUCAUUCAGAGCGCCUCCUCCAGACUGGCUUCAUUAUAAUGAAGAUGUGACAUGCGUAAAACUAUUAAUAGCAAUACACAUCAGAUAGUUUUCAGUCAAACCUGUUUUUGUCUGUUUCAAGGGGAAGAUCUCUGCAACCAUAAUGUCAUCAUAGAUAAUCAGCUGUAAUGCUUUUUAAAAAGUACAAAUGACUGCAAGUGUUUUUUUUUUUUUAUGCUGGGUUGAUCUGGACCGUCCUUCUGUACUGGCAGCAGUAAAACCUAGCGUACACAUAGAGUCUUACACUUAAUAUCCAUUUGUACUGAAAGUUUCCAUUAUUGCCUUUUAUUUAACACUCUCUACACCUUGAGACCAAAACCCGUUCCUGAAAAUUGCAUACUAUGUCUUUAAGUUCAUAUUCCCCGUUUCCCAGCAAAUUGAUUGGUUGCAGCUAUACAAAGCCGAUGCUCCUCCUCUACCUCUUUUUCCUCUCCGUCCUCUCUGACCUUCUCAUCAAACAUAUCAACCGCCUCCCUUCACACACACACACUCACUCACACACACACACACACACACAGAAAGUAUUGGCACAGCAGUGAGAUUCCCCUGAUAAGCACCUCUUUAGAGUCUUGUGUUAGCCUCCUCUCUGUGUGUCAUGCUAUGAAAGGGAUAAUAAAGAUAUCACAGUUUCAUCUGUUGUAAUAGCCUCAGGUAUGUCUGCACCUGCCUGCCGCUUCGCAUCAGAACAUCCUUUUAGAUCACCUCAAAGAUUUACCUCUCACUCUCUGUGUCAUACACUCAAAAAUAUCAGAUUUAGCCCCUUCACUGAUUUGUUUUUCUCUGACUUGAGUUUGUUGUUUGUAGUUUAUAAUCAGAAGAAUACUGUUUGUACCCUCCACACUUUAUUGAGCCACAGGUAUUUGGCGUCAGAUCCCUGUGUUUACCGAGUGUGCGUUUGCCCCCACGUUGUGCACAUGCGUUGUACAGCAUCCGCCUGGGAACAGUGUGUUAUGACUCCAGCAGAGCGUUGGUGUGUGACGCGUUGUAACGUGUAUGUGAGCGGGAGAUGCCAGCACCACAGGCCUCUCUCUUGGCCGAGCUUCCUGACUCAGCGCUUCCUCACCCCGCUCAUUGGCCCAGACACAAACUUCCUGGCAGAGCUUCAGUGUGGACGCUCUAACCUCAUCACUGACCCUCUCCCUCCCUUUACACCCACCUCCAGGCAGCUCCUUUGAUUAUCCAACUGCUUGUCAGAGUCGUCUAAACUCCAGACUGCUGCUGGUUGAUGUCUUCUUACAGUGCCCCUUCUUGGGCAACACACACAGUCCCGAGUACUGAUAGUGUAAAAAAUGCAUAACCUGUCUUCACCUCCUUCAGUCGCACAAAAAUAAAGUCAAAUUUUUCCUUGUGCAGGGGGAUGUUUUUGGAGCCAGGGCCUUCACUCAGGAUUGGCUUUAGGAACACUAUUCAGUUCAUUUCCUUUUCCCAUGCCUCUCAGAUUAACACAGCAUGUGAUGUAGCUUAUAGCAACAAGAAAUGUAAACAGACAGAGGCAUGCAGAGAAAAGAAACAGAUCUUUCUUAGCAGGUCCAAACUCACAUGAAAUUCUAGGCUAUAGUAAGUGUAGGUGAACAUCAAGUAAAGGAGACCCGGGGAUUCCACUGAAUCAGGAAUGGCUCUGCUCCACUCCGGACCAGCAGGCGGAUCAAAUACGCAAGCAUGCAACACCCACCAAAUCUGAUCCACUGCCGCCAUCGGAAUAGAAUAGCUUGCAAGAUUACUGAUAUUUCUUGCGAGAUCUCACGAGAUCGCACAUCCCACAACCCUGGCCUCUCCUAUAAUCAAGUGAAGAACAGUUCAACGUAUUUAUCUUAUUUUGAAAAUUGACCGGUUAUUUUAUUCUGUAGCCCCAUACAACUUCCGCUGCUGCUUGUGCUGCGCUGCACCGAACUGAUGCGCCGUACUGUGGCGUCCGGCAAAAAUAGAAGUCUUGUGUGUCUGGUCAGGCUGCCAGAGCUGAUCAACAGACUGAUUGUGCGGAAUCACACACAUUGAUGAUAAUUCUUGCGCAUUUGGUCCAUCUGCUGUGCCAGAUUGGAGCGCAGCCAUUCCGGAUCCUGUGGGUUUUAGCCGAGAGGGGGCCAGAAGUUAAACCAGCAACUACUGCAAGAGCUUCAGCCUGUGGUGUGUGCUUUAACUGCUAACCCAAGACUGGUACCCCUAAACACAAGUUUAACUUCCUGAUAAAACAUCAUAGGCUCAGGCUACGGCAGAGCAGAGCCUCAAGGUCAAGCCAAGGUCAUAGACUCUUGUGUUAAUGUUUGUUGGGCUUUCUUGCAACAUAUUAAGCCAUAACUUGGGUGGAAAAAAAACUUUCUUAGGCCUGUACUCUGGUUUUAAAGUUUGACGUGUGUCCCAUCUGUUAACAUGGAGGAGGCAUGCUUUAAUGACCAGCGACCAGGAGGAGCUUCAAGUAUUUUGGAGCGCCGUUGUCCAUCUUUUUUUUCAACAGUAUGUGAUUCCCAGUUUUAGCAGUGCUAAAACAAACAACCAGCUUUUUCAGAAAACAACCUGAUAAAACAACUUUAGCACUUAUUCAGCUGCUGCAGUCCUGCACAUGCUGUCAAAUUUUAAUAUACUGUAUGUCACCAAGAUGCUGCUCAUGCUGUUCUCAUCCUUAUUUUUGUUUGUGCAUCCCAAUUUCAUGCUCCAGUAAACGCGUAUCAGUUGUAGAUUGGCUUGUCACCUGUGGUUGCAUUUACAUAUAGAUGGAAAUGUAUUUAAAUCUAAUGGCGGAAGCUGGUGAAGCUCCACGAGGGCAAUGCAGGGGCAAGUCCAAAACUGAGAUUAAGACGGGGGAAAAAAAGCCUACAGUGAGGAGGGGAGAUUGGAUGUCUGGGAUUAGAGCAGCACUAGUGCUGAUAAUAUUGUCUUUAUUAAUUGCAGCCAGCAGUGCCUGCUGUGGUUAAGAAAGUGAAAUGUUUUAAUAGGCUGAGGGGAAUAAAAUAAUUAGCUAAAGUAGAGGAAAAGAGGACUGAAUAACUAGCAGCAUAUUUAAAGUCAUUUAGGAUUUGCCUUUUGCAACAUAUUACACUUUCCUGAAAUCUAAUUUACUUCUUAUGUGUUGAGGCAGUUUUCAGUGUAUUGAGCUGAGUCAUAUAGAGUUGUUUACUCUCUUAUGUUCGCUAGCAAGCACUCCUCAAUAACUUACAGCCACAGCUUGAAUACUUAUCUAUCAAUGUGUAUUACUGUGCUCUUUACUAAUCACCAGGCUGUGUAGAAUGCUUGAGUCUAAUUGGUCAAAUCCAUAGACUGUAUAUAGAAUGGAUGCUGUCUGCCUCCUCCCUGGGUGAAGUCACUGCGAGAAUAGCACCCUCUGCAGUAUAGGUCAUAAAUCCCGCCUCCUCCAGCAAAGCUUAUGGAGCUGUGGACAAACUUAAGAAAUUGAUGACACAGAAUAUAAAAUUCUCUCCCCCUUGCUUGUGAUGUUGACAUGUAGUUAUUGUAAGACUGGUUUGUGCUCAGGUCCUCUUUUUUUCUGUACAGCUCAGUUUUUAAAAGUUAUUAGGGGGUUCAUGUUUUCUAUGAUUGACACUUGAUACAGCGACACAGCGACUCUCGGUGACUCUCCCACCGAAUGCGUACAACACUACUGCGCAAUGUUGGUUUUAUGAAGUGGAGAAAAAACACGAAAUUACGGAGAGCUUUUCGGCUUAAAUCCCUGUACUGGCGGAAGGCAGAACCAAGUUGUCUGUAGUAUGUACAGUCUAUGGUCAAAUCCCUAUAACUAGACUAAUUUUUCCUAAUAGAAAAGGUGAUGACAAGAGUAACCUGAUGACACACACAUCACAUCAGAUCAAUCUGAAUAACGGUGUCCACAUUUCACCUCUCAAUAUUGGCAUAUUGGCAUAAACGGUGGUGGAUUGAGCCCCAUCUUGUUAGAUCAGACCCACACCGGUCUCACCUCCACAGUCAUGAGUGUAACACUUGGCAGCAUUCAGUGGGUUUCGAUUGCAAGGAGAAAGUUUCUUUUAACAGUUCAAAAUGUUUAGCAGAAACAGACUCGUGUUAGACAGUCAUCUGCUGCUACCUCAUUGAGUUUAGAGAGGAGAGAGAUAGAUAGAGAUUAACAACAACAGCAAACAAACAAAGAGAUUUACAUUUAUAACAGUGUACUCAUUACAGGAACAUUAUGUUAAUGGAUAAAGUCAGACUUUAGUUUGGUAUAUGGCAAAUUAAAGUCAACAGGUCUGAUAAUGGUAACAGCAUAGCAGUGAUAGCAUACAUGCUAAUAAAACUGAGGUACCAUAUGUGCCCACUGAGCAUUUUUUGGUCUAAAAGAGGUCUAAUAGACGUCUAAAUUUAGCCUAGACGAAUGGUCUACAAUCAGGCUACCACUGGUCUAAAAAUGAAAGUUUUUUAGACGUCUAAAUUUAGACCAAGUUUAGACCAAGUCUAAAUCUGGGCUAUACCUAUACUACACUGUAUGUUGCUCAGCUAUCAUAAUUAUUUCGGUUAAGUACUUGGAGAUCAAUUAUGCAACUCACAGUUGCUUUUUGAAAUAAAAAAUUACUGAAUAAUUAGUUGAAGUGCAACGUCUAAAUUCUGUCUAAAAAUAUACAGAAUCUAGAUGGUUGAAAUUAGGUCUGAACAAAAAAAAAAACUAGACGUCUGAUAGCCGUCUAUUGCUCAGUGGGAUGGAGCUUGGAAUAAGAACAAGUGAUGCAGAAAGAAUCAAAAAGCUUUACCACUAAUAUUAGCUUUGUAACUGUGAUAAAAAAUACUGAGACUGACAGUAAUGAAUUUAAAUUAGUGUUGUAAUGGUGAAAAAAUGGAAACUGAUGCUAACUAUUUGAUAUAAGCACUGUAGCAAAAGUAAUAAAAAUGGCUGAUCAUUACAUUUUGAAUUGGAGAAGUAGGUGGUUAAAUAUAGGAAGCAAAUAGCAGACUAAAAAAGCUACUGAGGUAAAUCUGAUGAGGGGCUGGUGGAGACGAAAAGUUGAGUUACAAGGAGGACAAUGUAGUGACAGAUUUGCAUUCCCUCACUAACCGGAAACACGCCUUCGGAUCUGUGAAAGUGCUUUUCGAUGUUAUUGUCCUGACAACAGUUUAUUUGCACAGUGCCAAAAGACAACAUAGUGCAUGUGAAGUGAGGUUUGCAGAGGUGUCUGUCCAAUAUUGACAUCAUUAUCUUGUGUCGAGGGGCUCCUGUACAGCACACAGUGUGAAGGACACAUCUUUCUAACUCUGUGACGAUGUUGAAGCAGAAAGUUUGUGUCAAAACUGGUUAUGCAGAUUUAUAAAUGACAUCAUUCGAAAGGUUUUCUUAGACCCGUAAAAGCUUUUCCAUUUGUUUCACAGGCCCGGCAGUUCCCUCAUGACUCGUAAAAAGAUAUUUAUGAGUAAAAGUAGUGGAGAGGCUCUUUUUAUUAAUAAUAUUUGAGUUUUAAUAGAAUAAAAUGAGCACAUUUCCCAGUUUUAAAAGCUCAUGUGAGACCUUUGAAUUUUUUAUUAUGUCUGACCAUCAGUCUAAAACACAAAAUAUGAAAUUUACAAUGGCAUAGGAUACACUGAGAAAGCUUAAGAGAAGCCGAACCCUGAUCUUUUUUCUUGUAGAUCAUCAAGUAAGUUUUACUUUUUUUCUGUCUCUUAAGUUAAACCGAGUUUCACAGUUGACAUCUUAGAGAAUCUCACAAACUAGUGUUUGAAUUUUGAGGUCAAUUUUACCAGAACCACACCCCCCAUCAAUCCAGAGGACAAUUUAAUCAGUUGUGUCACCAUCAGCCUUAACACCAUUAUGAUUUGUUAAACACUGCCCUCCCAGUGGGUAUUAAACUCCACUUUAAUGUGGAUGUACAUGUGAGUGUGCUUCUGUGACCUCAGCAGUGAGUGUGCUGCCACCCGCUCAGCGACUCCCCCCUUUAGUCAUUGAACAUUGAUUUUUAUUAGCAUUCUUUAUCAUAGCGCUGUAAUGAUCACCUCGGGGCUCGUUUAAAGUGAGACCUUGUCUCCUGUGCUGUUACCAACCUGGCUCGGCUCUGCUGGAGCAACAUGUCUGAUUAUAGGAUAAUGUGAGUCCAACCUCAGUUAGAGCCUCUUUUUAUCUCUUUGCAGGCAUCAGCAGUGUCAUCACAUACAAGACAUUUAGUUAUCCUCUGUCUCCUGACGUGGGCACAAAUGCACAGUUAUGAUGCAGGUGUGUGUGUGCGUGUGUGUGUCUGUGCAGGCGUUUAGGACUGCAGACGUGUAGGUGGAUGUGCUUUUGCUUUUGCUACUGUAUGUGCUUCUUCUACCUCAAGGUCGGCUCUGGGUCUCUGUGCUGAUUGGAUUUAGAGAGAUGGGGAGGGGAGAGGGUGCAGACUGCAGACAGAGGAGAAAUCUUACACAAGAACUAUAGACGGCUUAGGACUUAGUGGGCUUUUAGGCAGAGACCUGUGAAGGGCCUCCAGUAUGAUGCGGUCAUCUGUAUCUUUGUUGGUCUUUUGCGUGUUAAAUAUGCAACUUUGGUGUGUCUUUGUGUUGACAAUUUGUGUCUUUCUGUGAUUAUUUUGAGAUUUUUUUUAGGCGUUCAUUACCUCUUGGUGGUCCUUUUGGGUUUUUGUGUGUGAUUUGUGACUCUAUACACUUUCAUAUGUGUGUUUUUUUGUAUCUUUCUGAGCCACCUUGCAUCAGUUUUCUUUAUUCCCUUUUUUGUCAUUUAUGAUUCUUUGUUGUUAUUAUUUGUGUUUACUUUGACUUUUUUGAAUUUUGAGUCUUUUUUAAAUUGUUUGCAGUCCUUUUGUGUCUGUUCAGUUAUAUCUCUUUCCAUAUUUUUUUCGAGCCUGUUUGUAGUUUUAUGUAUAUUGUAUGAUGUUCACUUUGUGUCUGUCUUUUUCUGUCUUUUUGAAGAAGUACACUGUCUCUCUCUUUUGUAUCUUUAAUGUAUUUCAGUCAUGCAGUUGCUUGUUUUACGACAGCAUAGUAUUACAGCCACAUUAAAGCUCCUCCAAGGAACUUUUGGUUUGUGUUCAUUUUGGCGUCUCCUGUGGACAAAGAUUAUCUUGUCCGACACAUGCUUGACAACAAAGCUCAUCCUGCGUGCUUUUGACAAUCAAAUGUGUCAUUUUUUGUAAAAAAAAAAAAAAAAAAAUUAAGUUUAAAGGAGAUUUAGAAAGUGUAUUUAAAAGUUUGAGCGAAAAACAGAAAAUUUUUGUCUUUGGUCGUAAUGGUUUGUUUCAAGAUCAGAAUCGCAUUUUUAGAAGAAUCAAGUCAAAAUGUUUAGAGAACAAAGUUGGUUAGUGUAUUAUCUUGUAAGACCUCUGGUGAGACAUUUACAUCUCAUGGUUAUUUGUCUCUUCGUAUUGUUUUGUGCCGCAGUGUAGUUAUUCAUUGUUGAUAGUCACUGUGUCAUAAACAGAGCCUCUUGGCCAGGGAUUCCCACUCAUCUCAGGUCCUGGUUUUCUAGGUUUGUUCGGUGACCCACCCGUAACCAACCAUGGUGAAAUCAGGGAGACAAUUUGGCAGGCUGUUUUCUGUCCAUUCCAGUCUUGCCCCAGACCUGAUAAGACCCAGAGGAUAAGCAGAGCCACAUGUGACAUCAAGAGAAUUCACUCCUCUGGCUCGGCUUUGCUGGGACUCAAACUCCCUGUCAUUUUGGCGCAGCUGCAGAGAAGGUCUAGUGAGCACACAGAGGACACAGUGUCAGUCAUUACCCUGAUGACUUUUUAAUGGCUGUCUGAUUGGACCCAGCCAGAGAUGACAUGCCCUUGUUCCGUGCUGUUUGGUUGUGUUUAUAUGGGACUGAUCUAUUUCUUGCCACGUUCAAGCACCCUGGCGUUGCUGUGAGGCCUGACUUACUGGAGUAACUGGGUGUUGUCUUUGUGGAGAGUUUGUGUGCUGUCAUGCUUUGCUUUCCUCUGCACUCAUGAUGACUCAGGAAUCUAUAUGUGUGUGUAUGUGAUUGUGUAUGUGUGUGUGUGUGUGUGUGUGUGUGGUGGUGGUGGUGGGGGGGGGGAUCAGGUCUCCUACCAUCUUCUUGCAAGUGACUGAAAUGAGGCCUGACACAGUGCCCACUCUCCUUCCUCUGGGUGUCAGUCACGCCAGGACCUAUGGCUGGACCCCUCAGUGUGACACGGCGCUCUGCAGAGGGCUGCUGAGUGUGCUCUUUACUGUGGGUUGAAGUGACUGAUUCCCCCAAACCUCCACCAUCCUGCUGAGUGACAAGAGAACUGCAGCAUGAACUCAUGAGCUGUCCUUAUGAUCGCAGGGUGAUCGCCCAUGGUUCCUUAUAGUCCUUUUGCAGGAAAGUGACCACACAGUUUGUUUGAUGUUUGACUGAUAAAGUGCUGCACUUAUUUGGGAUUUCAUUAAGAAUAUAGCAGAUAUACUUUUAGCUGAUGUAAAUCUUUAAAAGAGAUGUCAGUAUUUGCAGAAAAAGGGAUGUAUAAAUACACUUGAUUAAAAAUGUCAAACACAUUAUGAUACUAGCGCUCACAAUCCAAUUUUCUCAAAAUAUAUUGUAGAUAUUUUGUUAUAUACAGGCUUUGGAGAGGAGCUUUCUUUAUAAAACAGUCAUUUAUGAUGAUUUUGUUUCCCCUUUUUGAUUGCUUCAUCUCCCGUUAUGAGAGCAAGUGUGCUUUUAUUGUGAAAGGACAAACCAGGAACUCCAGCCCAAUAGACUCCCCAAAUGUUCUCCAGCAGGGCCCAGGUUAUAGUCUCUGACAGAAAUAAUGAAAGUGCAUCUUCAUCUGGAAUAUCUUUACUUGCUCCUAUCAUAUCUGUUCUGUACAGAAACUAAUUAAAUAAAUAAGAUUUAAUUCAACUUAAAGCUCCUGUGAGAAACUUUUUACCUGUGUUGACUUUGGCGCCCCCCUGUGGACAAAGUGGUAACCCUUUUUUUGUUACUGAUUUAGUCUCAGUUUUGUGGGAGUGUUGUAAAGUUAGUGAAAUUCAUCCCUCAUCAUGAAUAUUUCUAUGGCAAAAAUAACUUUUUUCAGCGUACUAAUGCCCUCAUAGCAGCUACAAGCGUUGAAAACCACAAUAUAGAGAUUGCCAGUCUUUGUCAACAAUGGUCCCAUUUGUUUUUGUUCAUUAAUGCUAAUGGAAACUGACAUUUUGCCACAGUGUCAACAGGUAGAGGUGAAAUGGGCCUGAAUCCUUCUGUCUACAAACUGAUAUGAUUUGAUGUGUGUUCAGGUUGUUCUUUGCCAUUAAGAAUCCAUUGCUGCUGUUGUGUGGUUUUGACCAAUCAGAAUCAAGUAUUUAACACAGCUUGGUAAUUGAUAAGAGAGGCAGGUAAUAGAACCUAGAGGUUAUCACGCUUCAGACUUCAUCAGAAGAACAUAUAGCUCGGCAUCAAGGCAGAGCAGAUGAUAGUCUACAAUGAAUUUGGUCCAAAAAUGUUGAUUUAAAAAAUCUUACUGGCUGUUUACAACCUGUUUCAGUUUGAAAGACACCAAAAUGAGUGUAUGAGGACACUGAGUUCAGUCUGAGCAAUUCGUAGGCAGACAGAGAGAAAGCUUUAACCCCCGCAGUGGUCUCCCCCAGGGACUCCCUCCUGCCUGAAUACAACCUGCCCUCCCUCGCACUAUUGAUGCGUCCAUGACUCGACGCUGUGCUCUGACAUUGGCCCCCGCUAAUGGCUCGAUCUGUUCAGUGGCCAAGGAGCAAAAACAAGACAGUCAAGGUAGAUGCUGUUUAGUUUUCUGCCUGUAAAACCGUCAUUAUGCACACACAAACGCAAAAAUACUGCAGUUAGAGUUUUAGAUUGACAUGCUGCACUGAUUUAUGGCCUUUACUUUUACUGUGAAACGUCAUCUGGAUCAUCAGAGUGAAAAGACAGCUUUUAAAAUGGUGGCCUAACUGCUCUGUAGCUAAGCUUUGAAGUUUACAGAGUAGUAAAUCUACAUGGGCUGUCCAGAGUAAAGGUGUGGGAGAGGGAGAGCAUUCUCACCAGUGAAAGUCAAAUUAGAAAGACAGAUUUCAUUAUCAGACCCUGUCUGGCACAAGUUCAGGACUCAACUGUCUGCCAAGUGCAGACCACGCUAACCCAGACAUCUUGGAGCUGGAUGAAGAUUCACCAAGUAACUCACAGAAUCCACUUUUUAUUUAUCGCAAGUUUUGAUUUAUGCUCAGACUGUGCGCUGGUUUUACUACUCUGAAAGGUAACCAGUAAUUCAGAACAAUGCAGGCCAAGCAUUUUGAGCUUUCUUUGCAGCUUCAUCAAAGCGCUGACAGAGUUUGGUGAAGAAAUAGUGGCAUUCAGAGACCAGCCGAUGAGUUAGCUUGACUCUGUUGCCUGCCUGAACUAACACUAUGCUCAAUUUAACUCCCCAAUGAAAUAGCAAGAGAUUCCUGGGUUGAUUUAAGGUCAACACUCACAACUGUGGAAAGUUUAAAGACUCUUGUGUAAGUAUUUGUUACAUUUUUAUCUCUUUUUUCCUCUUUUAAACGCCUCAGGAGCCCUCUCUUUUUUUCCAACAAAGCUGAACAUUCAGAUCAGCAUGAUGAAGAAAUUGCCCUGACGGCAGUGUUACUUUUGUCAAUGAAAAUGAUCACUGAUUUUUCACGGUUAAAUUGAGAUGAUGAUGUAAGUGGUUGGCUGAUUAAAAACUAAACAUUUGUUGACGGGACAUAAUGAUGUGCCAUCAUAUUUUAGACGGUCUAUGGUUGUUUUGUGUUGGCUCAUGGGUUGUCAAAUAACUUGGCUGAUUGAUUGCUAACAGAGGCGUACUGUUAUAACACACAGUUAUGGUUGAAUAAAUAAUAUCUUAGCAGGUUAGAGACAUUAUUCUCAAUAGUUGCCUCAGGAUACAGGCCUGUUGAGGCUUUGACAAUGCCAGAGGAUCCCUUCAUGUUUUGCAGAGCAGAAGAGUGUGGAAAGGGUGUACAUGGCUUUGAUUGAAGCCAGUUUAAAUGACUCCUCUUGUUUGGUGCGUCAGUAAUCCCCCCGCUGCGUGUUUGUCACAGGUCAGGCUAGAUAUGAAUAAUGUAUUGGGAGACAUCUGACUGAGAGGCUGGUUAAAGGUGGCGCUCCCUCUAAUGACAGCAAACAAGCUCUCUGCCUGACAUUUCUUAGAAAGGGGGAAGGCAGAGAGAGAAAGAGAGAGAGAGAGAUAAUGGCAGACAGAGAUGGAGGGAGUUGGGUGUAGUCCUUAAAUGCAAAGUACUCACUUGAUUUGUUUUGCCACAGUUUGUGAUGAAAUAUGACAAGCUGGCUUUGUCUGUGUUGCAUAUUGUGAUGAACGCAGCAGCCACAGGGUAACUACAAUGACUUGCAAUUUGAUUUAAUGGUUUUAAAGCGUCUGUUUGGAUGAAAAUAAUAGAAUCACACAGUGAUUGAGUCCCCUCUAUUGUUCAGUCGUGUACAAAUAAACUAUUAGCGCAUUCGGGUCUGAAUGUUUUGACUGCAGAAAUAUGAUGCACACACAAGAGAUCUUUUUGAGCAUCAAAAACUUUUCGCAUACACAUGAACAAUUUUUUUCAAAGUACCACAAACAAAACUAUGUUUUGUCAAACCUAACAUUGCUGCAAUCUAAUCCGUUCAGAUUAUUUAUUUCAGAUUAAUUAAGUAGUUACUUUCUGAACAAUGUCGUUUUGUUCACAGCAUGUUAUUAUUUCUGAGGAAGCCAAGAAGUAAUUGGGUAGCCUAUGGUAGCUAAUGGGCACAAAUAUUAAACUCUAGCUGUUAAUGAGUUAGCUUUUGCUUCAUUAGUUUGCAAGGUAGCUAUUUGCUGGGCGGCAUGCCAAAACUUAACUAUGUGCAUAAAUGAGAGUCUUAGCCGCUGAUGCUACAAGUACAGUUUCCAACUUUGACUACUUACAGACUUUAAGUCACUGAAAAAAAACAAGACAUAUUUCACACCGAAAUAAACAAAAAACAGGCUUUUAAUUUCUAUUUGGAAUUUAGAAAUGUAACCAGCUGAACUGAGGAUGUGGCCGGUUUUAGUUAGUUAGCUUUAGCAUCAGUGUCCUGAGUUUGCUGGAAAUUCAGAGUCUGGCUGACUACAAAGGGACUGUGACAACCUUGUUCAAGGGCAUGAAAUGUAUGUCAUUACUUAGCUAAAGGUAGGCUACAUGUCUUGGCCAAAAAAGUUUCGGUAACACUUUAUUUGACGCCUAUCUCUAUAACACAUUUUUAAUUUAUUCAUAAUGCAUUAUAAUCACGUUAUAGUACUGUAUAACUAUAGUUAUAAACACUCAUAAAUGAUCAUAAUGCUUUAUAGCAGUAAUCAUAACAUAUAAUAAAGCAUUUUAUCAUGACUUUCAAGGUCAGGUAUUAUAAUGUGUUAUAACUGUUAACAACUCACUAAAAAUGCCCACAUAGAUAGCAAUGCAGCUGUUGUUAACAGUUAUAACACAUUAUAAUACCUGACCGUGUAAUGCUUUAUAAUAUGUUAUGAUUAUUGCUAUAAAGCAUUAUGAUCAUUCAUGACUGUUUAUAACUGUAGUUAUACAGUGCUAUAACAUGAUUAUAAUGCAUUAUACAUAUAUUUAUAAUAUGUUAGAGAGAGAGGCGUCAAGUAAAGUGUUACCAAAGUUUCUCCUUCACCAUUAAAAAGUCUGUGUGUAUCACAUGGAAACAAAACAAGCCAUUGCCCUUUAUCAUUAACACGUGUGUUUUGUAUUUUGUUCCUGUCUCAGGAUGUGGGGAGGUUAAAUGGAAUUACAAUUUUGUGUGUACUAAUGUAUGAGGAGGCCAGCUGACUUUUAGAGCAGGAAAAUAAUUUCUCAAAAGCUAAAAAAGUAUUAUGAAAUGGAGAAACACUCCAACAUUGACCCUAAAUCACUGAUGUUUUUAGUCUAUAGAUAUUCUCCCCUCAGAAUCUUAUCUCCGUCUGCGUUGUCCUAUUUGAAUCCCAGAAAAAGAAGCCGAUCGUUAUCACUAAAGCUGCAUAACUUCCAGUCUGCAACUUACACUUGAUCUGAUUAGGGCUGCAGCAUUUUGCCCUUGGGCGAUGUCUGUAGCCUCGCAUGGAGGAGAGAUAACCCGAUCUCCACUCCUCUCUGGCUCUGAGUCCAAUUUAGCAGCUCAAAACUAUGAAUAAAUCUAACACUCCAUAAUUGAAUUCUUCAAACAGACCACAUUUUCAAGGUGAGACCCAAACGCAAAUCCAUUUUCUAGUCUUAACAAUGAAAAGUCAUUUCCAUCAAUCUUUAAAAGAAAAGGCAAAGAACUAUUUUUCAAUGUAAAGAAUAAUGAACUGUCUUCAGCAGUUUGAUUUAUGCUCAUUUAGAGCUUAACAUAAAUGCCACAAUGGUUAUUGUACUUAUGAAUUAUUUAAGUACUAUCUCGCCCUUUUCUUUUGUCCUGUAAUAGCGGUGUCUCAUUUCUUGUCCUGCAAUUUGGAAAAACAGAAAGAGAAGUCGAGGUGUAAUUAUGUCUCACUGCUUCAUCAUCUUUUUAACUAUGUGUUAACCAAAACAUGACUAAUAUUAAUACUUGUCCAAUCCUGCCUCUGAGAGAUGCCCAGAAUGAUAAAUUCCAUUAAUUGUUUAGAGGGUUAGUUAGUAUUUAUUCAGCACGGUUUGCCUAAUUAUUUCUCCCGACGUGUUUUGUCUUGUGCAUAAUUCUGCGUUCCUCAGGGACGCUGUAGCGAGUGGGUGUGCAGAAAGAGCCGGCUAAUGGGAUGGAGAUGGCGCUGAAUACCAAUGCUCUGACCGACCAGCCAGUCCUUCCAGGGACCAGACACUGUGUUUGUGUUUGUUGUUAGUGUGUGUAUGUGUAUGUGUGUGUAUUUGUGUUUUUUUGUGCAUGGCUGCACAUCACAUAUGCGUGUGAGUGCGUCUGUGUGUGUUUGCUCUGCUCGCUGCUCUGUCCCCACUCACAUCCCGUCUGGAUCGAAACCCUGCCCUUCCUGUGCUAAAAUAAACCCACCUUGGGAAGUCGAGGACCUUGCACAGAGAGCUGAGUGUUACACCUUUUGACUCCUGUCAUGCAGCAUGCAUAAAGUCUGUGACUUUGUGCAAAACACUUCAGAAAAUAAUAAAGUGUGAAUGGCAAGAUUGAGAUAUGUGUAGUUUAUUUCAGAGCUGAUUGCAGGUACUGUCCUUGACUGUGGGGUCAAUACUAAAGAGUACAAGCAAUGUGAUAGGGUGGAAAUCAGCUGUCUUUCAGUUCUGUCAAAUUCUGAGGAUGUACUAUCAGUCAAAAAUCUUAUUUCUGGGGCUUAACCUACAGGUAAAGAUGUGGAUAAUAGCUUCUUAGAAAAACAGGUAUCUUGAAUCUAAGAUGAAUUUUUUUUAACUUUUCUUUAUUCAGCUUUUAUUUAUUUUACCUUUUUUUGGAGGGGGGUGUAUUUUCAUCCAAAUAAGAGCUAAUAAAAAAACACUUAUGCCAAAGAAGGGCAAGAUUGGUAAUCUAAAAUCAUUCAAAACCUGCUCCCCAAAGAGGUUCCCACACUCAGACAUUAAAGCUCCUGUUUGUGUCAACUUUGGACAAACCAAAUAAGCAGUCUCUGCUUAUCUGGUCCUUUAUAUACUUUAGAGACAAAAAAUCCCACCCUGCUGAUUUUUCACAGUCAAUUUUAUAACAUAUAUGUAUCCUGAGCGUUUUGUAAAAGCGGAACUAGCGUUAUAGCGGAAUGGCUGGAAACUACCCCCUCUCACCAGUUUAAGAUAUCAAAAGUUUCAAUAAAAAAUUGGUCGGUCUUGCUUCUAAUGGUUUUGUUUGUUUUUGUAUAUCAUAAAAAGGUUUCUGUGUGAGUUUAAGUCUACUUGAAAAAUGUCAACAACAGAAAAAACGCUCACAGGAGCUUUAAAGAUAGCAAACAUAAUGAUUUUGUUGUAAUGGUAAACUUACCUUAAAGCAGAGAUCUACAUAAGUCCCAUAGAAAUGUACUAAUCUUACUUCUAAAUGAUAAACUCUGACAUAAUUUCUCUGUCUCUGUCUGCAGCUCAUAGUGGAGAAGACCACAGACUUCCCCUCUGCUGAGUUCUCUCUGGUGGAGGAUGUGGCUCUGCACUUCACCUGUUUGAUGGACAGGCUGAACGAGCAGCGCCUCUUCCAGCCCGACCUGUGUGACGUUGACAUAGUUCUAGUGCGUCAGCACAGCACCUUCCCUGCUCACAAGGGUGUGCUGGCGGCCUACAGCCCUUUCUUCCACUCCCUUUUCGCCCAAAGCAAACAGCUGCGGCGUGUGGACCUGUCGCUGGAUGCUCUGACCUCACAGGGUCUGCAGCAAAUCCUCAACUUCAUCUACACCUCCAAACUACUGGUGAGCAGCCGCACUGUUCGGGACGUGCUCAACGCCGCAACACUCCUUCAGAUGAGUGACAUCGCAGCUUCCUGUCGCGACUUAAUAAGCAGUCACUCUCUGAGAACCACCUGUGCUGAUAUGGCCAAUCAGGAGGGGCUCAGUGGUGAUCAAGUGAUGUCCCCCGGUCAGCUGUAUUCAGAGAUCAAACAGGAGUCAGAGCUUGGGAGGAUGUACAAGAGAGAUGGAAGCAGCCCGUUUUCUGUGAGGGUGGAGGAGGCAGGGAAGGUGGCCCCUCAGCAGAAGCAGUACUACCAGAAAGAGGAGGGGCCAGGGGGCGGGGCUAGUACAGGCGUGGCAGCUUUGUGUAAAGUUGAAAGCAAUGGAGAGGAGUCAAAGACAGCAGACGGCCACGCCUCCUUCAACAGAGACCAGAUCAUUGUUGAAGUCAACCUCAACAAUCAGACCCUGAAUGUGUCAAAGGGAUCAGAGGGAAAAUCGGCAACUGCCACGGACACAGCCACCAUAUUUGGUCAUUGCCAUGACAACGAAAGAGAUUCACAGGACGAUGAGGAGAAUGAGGUGGAGAAUGAUGACGCAGUAGGAGAUGAGGACGACGAUGAGCUUAAGAGAGGGGACCUACUUGGGCAAAGCAGUGAGGAGGAGGACGAUGAGGAAGAUGAGGAGGAAGAGGAAAACACUCUAAACAUUCCAGGGCUAGAGCAGGCGGCCAUGUUGGAUCGACCACGCCGAGGCACCAGAGCCUUCGCCAUGGCAGGUACAACUGCAUCCAUGCGACAGACGCUGACAGAGGCCACAUUAGCCAACCAGCGGCAGGCUGGGAAGAGGACGCUGGACGCAGAGGGGCCGGGCCAGAAAGUGAGGCUGGAGGAGAAGCAACAUUUCCCAUGUAAGAAGUGUCCCCGCGUGUUUAACAACCGCUGGUACCUGGAGAAACACAUGAACGUCACGCACAACCGGAUGCAGAUCUGCAACAACUGUGGCAAACGCUUCCUGCUGGAAAGUGAACUGCUGCUGCACCAACAGACUGACUGUGAGAAGAGCAUCCAGGUACGGCUAAACCAUUACUGCUAAAGAAACAGAUUCAAGGUUUGAUUGUCCAAUCAUUUUAUUUAGCGUAAUAAACAAAACCAAUGGACUUCCUGGUGAUCCAAGUGAAUCCACGUAAACAGAGCGAACACCUAGCUUGUAAAAGUGGAAACAAAUGUGCUUCUGAUGCAGUCAGUAAAUUUUGGUGGAAAAUGCAAAUGCAACGACUUCAGAUGAUUUAUUUUGUGUGAAACUAGAAUUCAAACUUCUGUGUUUCAAUCUGGGUCAGUAAACCCAAGUCCAGUCAACUCCUAAUCAGCCUAGAUAAAUUCUCUAUCUGCGUACCUCCACUGUUAUCCCCUCCACAGUGAGCAGCUGGACUCCUGCUGUGGUUUUGAAGAUCAUUUGCUGCUUUAAUCUACUGACUCUAAUUGCUUUUUUGCUACAGUGCACGCUCAAGUAUCUGUGUAUGCUCACACACCUGGAUUGUAUUUGCAAAGGCUGUUCCUGAUAAUGGUCUUCUUAAUAUCUCAUACCCAAACAGCUCCAGGGAUAACUACAUUUUUCCUUUCAUUUUGUGUAUUUCUCCUCUAGUGCGUAACGUGCGGGAAGGCCUUCAAAAAGCUGUGGUCUUUGCACGAGCACAACAAGAUCGUGCACGGCUAUGCUGAGAAGAAGUUCUCCUGCGAGAUCUGUGAGAAGAAGUUUUACACCAUGGCUCAUGUCAGGAAGCACAUGGUCGGUGAGUGACAGGGAAAUACAAGCUCCUGGAUUGGCUGCCUUGUUCCUGUUUGCUAAAUUAGGCUUCCUUUACUACAUCUCUCCAAUUGUUUGGAAGGAUUUGUUUUGGGUGUUGCUUUCCUCUUCCACUUUUUGGAUGAUAAGCAUCUUAUUUCCAAAGCAGCUUACAUCAUUCUUUGUUUACAAAUUUGUGUCAGCUGCUGAAAAAAGCGUUGAUAAAUUACUGAAGGUCAAAGGUGCUAUUUAUCUUUGUUAAAAAUACACAAAGCAGCUUAUCAAAUAGAUAAGACACCUUUGUGGUAAUAAAUGAGCAAUGAAAGCAUCUCAGCUAUUCCCUUAAGAGCUAUUUGAGGGGAGUUGUUGACUUACUUGAUCUCUUGCUUUGAAUUUAAAAUGAAUGGCUCAGUUUUAAAUACCACUAUCUUGUGCUGUGUGUUUGUGUGUUUGUGUGUGUGUGUAUAUACUCAGCCCAUACAAAGGACAUGCCGUUUACCUGUGAGACGUGCGGGAAGUCAUUCAAGCGCAGCAUGUCCCUGAAGGUUCACUCUCUGCAGCACUCAGGAGAGAAACCCUUCAAGUGUGAGGUUUGGGCUUCUUUUAUACACUUCUACUCUCCAACAUAACUCAAAGAAAGUAAUUUUUACACUGUGAUCAAGGUCUGAGUAUUAUCCGUCCAUUUUAAUCCAUUCAGUCUGGUAAACGAAAAACGAAAAAACGAGUUAAUAUUUUGUUUAUUUGUUUUUCUAUAUGACCAAAAAAUAAAAGAUUAGUGUUUGUUUUCGUAUCUUCAGUUCAAAACAGAAUAUAUAAUAAAGAUGGAAACAAAAACAAAAUAAUAAAUCUACUUUUAGUUUUCGGGUUAUUGAUGUCCCCAUUUCCCAUGGUGCCUUUCUACUGUUCGCAAAACUCCAGGCCAGGGCGGUAGAGAAAGGCUAACCUGCUGUCAUGGUGAUGGACCUAUCCUAUGUAUUAUUCAAAGCCACCAGGAGGGUAACGCUGAAGGAGGAAGAUGUGACUGUAGAAAAAAUUACAACCAGAGCUCUGUUACAAGUUAGAUUUUGCGCUCAAACCGCUCUGUCGCAUCUUUCGCCAUGGUAACUGUCGCUGAAGAUCAUGAAAAGGCCAAUGUAGCCUUCAUGCAUGUAUGCUCAAAACAGGCGCACUCAAAAUCAAUAAUUGUAAAUAAGAUUUAUUAUUUUGUUUUUGUUUUCUUCUCUAUUAUAUAUUCUGUUUUAAGCUGAAAAUACGAAAACAAACUUUAUUUUUUAUUUUUUUGGUUAUACAGAAAAACAAAUAAACAAAAUAUUGACUCAUCUUUUAAUUUUUCAUACUAGAUUAAAUGGAAUAAUUGAAUGGAGGGAUAAUACAUGGACCGAUCAACCUGUUGUUGAACCCAUAAUCUUUGAAAAUUUUCAGUGCUAACAUUACCUCAAAUGAGUCUCCAUGGCUUCUUCUUGUAAAAUACUCGUGAUGUUGAAUGUGGGAUUCAAGGCUGAUCAGAUCAUUGACUUUAUACAAGGAUGGGUGACAUGCUCUGGUCUCCCUCCACUGUGCAUUCAGGAGCUUGGGCCUGUCUAAUUUGUACUGUUCCUCUAACCAAACACAUGUAAAACUCUCUAAUAUGAAGGCAAAGUUCUUCAAAUUUGAAAAAAAAAAACUGAAUAGAAUUAUGACCCAGCUUUCCCACCUGUUAUAAAAACUUGAUCCUGAUCAGUCAAAUCCCCUUCACAAUGGUUGCUAAUUCUGAAUAAUACAGUAAGAGAAAAGCCAGCUUCACAUCGGGGUCCUGCUCACACUAUCACAAUUCUAAUUGUCAUAAUCACCUGCUCAAAAUAUUUCUCACACCAACUUCUCAAGGAAAUGACUAAGACAUGCUGUAUAUGAGCAUGAGCAAAGCUAACUUUAAUGACUUAAAGCAGUGGUUCUCAAGUCAGGUCCUCGAGGCCCACUGUCCUGCAUGUUUUGGAUGUUUCCCUGCUCCAACACACCUGAUUCAAAUGAUCAGCUCGUUAUCAAGCCAUUACAGAGCUUGAUAACGAGCUGAUCAUUUGAAUCAGGUGUGUUGGAGCAGGGAAACAUCCAAAACAUGCAGGACAGUGGGCCUCGAGGACUGGACUUGAGAACCACUGACUUAGAGGAUAUUCUUGAAAGAUUCAGUUUCUUUUAUGUCCCACUAGUUUACAUGGAGGAGGUGUGGUUUUUAGCUGUUUACUGCAGGCAGUUAGUUUAUGGAGUUCGAAGGCUCAAUCCCCGUUCACUUCUUUUUGAUUGUUUGUGUCUGAGGUUAGGGGUGUUCUGACUCCUGUCUGGAUGGGCAGAUAGGGUAAAGUGUUGAGGCCAUGUGGCCCCUAAAGAUGAGAUUUGUCAGAGAAACAAAUCGAAUUGAGUGUUAUGAACAAUCUCCCUGAAUACUUUGUGGAUUAUUGGUUAAAUGGCUGUUCAAACAACCCGAGAAACUCAUAAAGUCAUGUGGUUAUUAUUUGGUAUAUUUGAGUCUGUCCUUAGCUUGCCUAUCUGAAUAUGCCUGCAGCUUUUUGUGGAGAAGUAAUGUUUGAUUGAGGACCAAGAUUCUUAGAGUUGAGAAUAGUCGGGGAAAAAAGUCAUUAUCCAGCCAAGAGUUGGAUAAGGAGAUUGAUACACUCUCAUAUAUGCAAAUGGUUGGAUUAGCUCUGCAUAUAGACGAGAAACCUGGUGGGACACUUUGCCCGGUCCUGUCCUGGGACAGUCAGAGUGUGCUGAGUCAGGUUACCUCAGCCUCAUAUCAUUGUAGUAUCAUCUAUGUCGAUUACCCUUCAUCAGAAAAAGUUCAUGUAAAAGCUUUCCUAUUAAGUAGACACUGAUUGCUCUUCAGUUUGGGUUCCUGUACAACUGGGCAUAUACUCGUGACAAUUUCCAUAACUCAUCUGUGUCAUACCAAUAAAACAGUAUUUGAUUUUAAGUACUUUUUUGUUGAUUUUAUUAUGGAAAUCCAUCCCAAUGUGUUUUACAGAAGCACACUUCCCCCCAGCUGAGUAAAAUCAGAUCUGCCACAAAAGAGAGACUAACAUCUGUUUUUGUACUUUCAUGAAUGGGUUUCUUUCAGUCCUGAUGACAAUAAAAACUCUGACUUUUCUUUUCGUUACAACUAUCUGUGAUCUCUUUGCUUCAAAAUGUUGACUUUUUGCCUUUUCAGAACUGCAGUGAGCGCUUCCAGUACAAAUACCAGCUGCGGUCCCACAUGAGCAUCCACAUCGGACAUAAGCAGUUCAUGUGUCAGUGGUGUGGAAAGGACUUCAACAUGAAGCAGUACUUUGAUGAACACAUGAAGACACACACUGGUGAGGCCUCUUGUGCUCUAUCUCUGAGUGAACUACAGACACAUGGAGUAUCAUUAGCAUUUAUAAUUACUUAAAGCUCCUGUGGGAAGUUUUUUGACAUUAUUGAUAGAAAAUGAAAUUUGUGUUAUAGUUUUUUUUAAUAAUGUAAUACAGCCGACAAGACUGACUGUUUUUGGACUGUAAUUUUAAAUGCCCGAAACUGGUGAGAGUGGGUAGGUGUCAACAGCUGAAAAAAAAAGCCCUGUUUUUACAAUUUCCACAUAAAAUAUUCACAAUCAAUGUUAUGCUUUACAGGGAAAAGUCAGCAAGAUGAGCUUUUGUCAGGAAACAAUAAUCAAACAUGAGGAAGACAAGAUAAGCAAACUGUCCACAGGGGGCGCCAAAAUUGUCACAAACCAAAACUUCCUCACAGGAGCUUUAAGUCAUGGGCUCACUGUGUUCAGUGGGGUGACCUCCUUUUAGAUUAUAAUUAUUAUCAUUAUUAAUAUAAUUAUUAUUUAAUUUGCAUUGUAUCUUAUUCUUUUAUCAUUGUUUUUAUUGAUUUUUAUUGUUUCUAUUCAUUCCUUUUUAUUUACUAUGUAUUGUAAAGCACUUUGGUUCACCGAAAGGGUUGUAGUAAAGGGCUGUAUCAGUAAAGAACAUUUACAUUUACAAAUACUUUUGACAUUGCAAAACCAUAUUGGUUUUAGUAACUUUAAGUUUUGUGACAAAUGCUGAAAACACAACAAGAAGCUGUGAUUUUCAUUUGUUUGUGCCCCUCUUUGUGCAGGAGAGAAACCAUACAUCUGUGAGAUCUGUGGGAAAAGCUUCACAAGCCGGCCCAACAUGAAGCGCCACCGCCGCACCCACACCGGGGAGAAGCCGUACCCCUGCGAGGUGUGCGGUCAGCGCUUCCGCUUCUCUAACAUGCUCAAAGCCCACAGAGAGAAAUGCUUCCGCGUCAGUAACCCCAUGGUUACAGACGGCAAUAACCCCCUCAGCCUUGACCAUCCUCUUGGCUCACCUGCUGUGGACUCUUCUGGUCAGGUGCAGCUUGGGACGGCGAUCCCUGCCACGUCUGUGAACACACCCGCCGCUGCCUCCAGUCCACACCCUCUCCAUGGCACCCAGCUGUCUCUUCCCCUGCUGCACUCCAUGGGGGGAUUGCCUCCAACCCCUCAUUUACCCCCACCGCCUCCCCUGUUCUCAGCUGGUAGGAUGAACUCCAGCAACUAACAAAUUUCUGUAGCAUCUGAAGCACUUUUGUUACUUUUGUUUUUCUUAGAGCUUUUAAGAGGACUCCUGCAGCAGGAGCCUGAUACACCUCAGUGAGAUUUAAACUGGGGGGGGACUGACUGAAGGCUGCACGGAGGCCUCAUACAAACCCUCAUACACCUUCCACAAUAUGAAAUAGUUAUUUUUUACUCUGUUAAAUACAAUAGAAAACCUCAGAGUCCAGUUGGACAUGUUGUCACCACAGCUUCUCUUCAUCCAUUUCACAACUCUGUUCUGUUCUGGUGUCAAUAUUUCCCCACUACACACGCAUCUCUCCAGAGCCUUGCACAAUGCUUUGAUUGUAGCGUCUUUCUUUAACAAAAUGGGAGGAGGGAUUUCCUAAAUUCAGCGGUCAUAAGUAGAUCGGAAACCACACAAUAAGGAAAAAAUCUUUUAUUUUUGGUCAUUUUCUGCCAAGAUGUAGCGAGUGGUUCUGGUAUGACCCAGCAAUAACCAAAUGCUGAUUUGUCUUUGAGCAUAUACAUGUAUAUGGCAUUGCCAAUAACCAAAUCCUGUAAGCUCACCUGCUAUAGUUAGAAAAUGUUAUACAGCAUUUAUAAUCGAUCCUGCACCUUACAUUUAAUUCUAGUGAUAUUGAAAAUGUACUCCUACUUGUCUUCAUUUUUAUAAUUGUGAUUGUGCGUAAUUUGUGGCACGUUAUGUCGAUUUUGUAAGGAUGUCAGAGAAGUUGGGACAUGUGGAGAGUCAGCGGUGCAAUUCUAUGUGGUGGUUUUGUCUGUCUGUGUGUGUAUGUGAAAAUGUUUUUGAGAUUUGAAGCAGAGAAAGGUGAGGAUCUUUAUUUUAACGCUUGAGCUUCCCCAAUUCAGGAAAUGGAGUAAUUUGUUAACCUGCAUUUCUGCUUAUAUUAAGCAAACAUGCUCUGUUCCUGUAGAUCUGGCUUUGAGAAAAUAUCACACUUUUUUAUGACUUGGUAUAUUCAAUAUACUCUGAUCGACCGUAUAUUCCUCGGCCUAAAACUUAAUGUUGAUAUUAUACGGCCAACCAAACUCAAUUUCUUUUGAAAAGUAAUCUGAUAGUCAUAACAAAAUACCUUCUUACAUAGCUCAUUAAAUGUGCACAUCUUAUCAUGAUAUAUAAUGAAAUAAUCACAAUUAUAAUACAAUGCUUAAAUCUUUAAAAGAGCACUUAAGGUGAUUACUUUUGGCACAAUGGGUGCAAAAAAGCUCUUUGCUAUAUGAACUAGUAAAUUUCUUAUUAAGGUGACCCUGAAGUUAGGGUAUUUGAUGUGGCACUAAGAUGUGUCGGCACUUUUGAAAGUUGUUGUCAUGAACUGGAGUUGAGCUGAGAGAAUAUAAUCAAGAUUUUAUCUAAAUAUCUUUCUUUAAAUGAACGAUUUACAGUUUGGGAAAUGCACUUGUUAAAUUUCUUGGCGAGAGAUAAAGGUACAGUGUGUCGAAAACUCACCGCAUUAGAACAGACUUAGUAAAAAUUGAAAAUAAUGUUUAUAGGUGUGUUUAAAUCAGUGUAUAAUCAUCGAAUAUAAAAAUUAUUUAGCUUAAUAGUUUAAUGAGCCUUUUAUAUCUGCGCAAAAGCAGGUCCUCUUAUACUCACCAAAAUCUUGCACCACCAAGAUUCUAUUGUAGUGCAGUGCAGAUAAACUGGGGUGCAAAAUGCCGCAGCUGGAGGACAAAGAGAAGGGGAGGGUUUACGGGACAUGAGGGGUGAGCACAGGAGCAUUUCAAACUAGAAUCUAACAGCGAGGUGUUGCUGAAUAUUCCUAUUUCUACACACUGUACCUUUAAAUCCAAAAUUUGACACAACUUCAGAGUGCAUGGUAAGCUAGCAGCUGAUUCUUUCGCUCAACAUAAAGACUGAAAACAGGGAAACUGCUAGCCUAGCUUUAAGCAGGCAAAUGCUUGCUACAAGACUAAUUUCCCUUUUUUUCAGUCUUUUUUCAUAAGCUAAGCCGAAGAACAGCUCUAGUAGCUUCACGACACAGAAAUGCAAAAAGCAACACUUUUCCCAAAAUGGUUCAUUAAUAUUAAUAUUCAUUAACAAUCAAUAAUGAUCCAAAAAGAGUCUAGGUGCACUGUUGAGGCACUCCUGCUCACUUUAUCUAUUCAUAGCCAACUCGUAGUUUAGCAUUAACCUGUAAAUAAAGUUGAGACGUGUUUCUUCCUCGUGUUAAAUUCCUCAUGUUUACAUUCGGAGAGUCAGAUGAAUGUUGCCCCCACAUGUGUCAUGGCUGGUACUACGGAAAGUUGGAAAGUGUGGUUAAGCUUUUGUAAAUGUAAUAAGCUGUUCAUUCUUUUAUUUAAAUGACAGAUUGAAGCACUUUUAGUGUAGUCCUACACCUAAAUACAUCUAAGUUACAUGUAUUUGUUAAAAACAAUGGUAAAUGGUAAGGGCCACCUUAAAUGCCAUUUGAUAUUGGUACUUUUUCCUUUUUUCUUUUUUGUGUCUGACACAUGUUUUGUGUUUUUAUUUUGCUGCUUAUGUACAGGGUCCAGUUUGAGACUGCCCUUUAAAUGAAAAGUCAAGAGCUGUUGUGUUGUUGGGUAUAUUCUGGCUGUGAUUGAUCAAACUUACCUGCAGCAUCAGAGAGGAGCUACAACUCAAAUUGAUAUAGCAGCCAAUGAUUUAUACCCAUAUAAAGUUCAAUCUGUUUAUUGAUUAAUGUGACUUUUGAUUGUUGACAGAAAGCAAACUGAGGGCAAUUUGUUAGUCGCAAAACAAAAGGACUGAUGCUCUCUUGUGGCACCUUAGUGAACUGCACUCUGUAAGAGGUCUUACACUAAAUUAGGAGACAGGCCUUGUUUGAUCGUAGCCUACAGAACGAUUUGUAAGGCUGAAAAUGUUCAUAUGAAAUGUACUUUCCCACUUAACUGUUUUAAAAAGCACUUGCCUGAGAGACGAUACUGAGAUACUGUGGUUGGAGUUUGUGUAUUUGCCUUAUCUAAAGAAGGAACUGAAUGUUUUGUGUUUGGGGAUGAUGGUAAAAGAGGAGAUCAAGUAAAGUAGUCAAUACUACUGAUUUAUGCACUUUGAAUUUGAUUGCCACAAAAGCCCACGAUGGGGAAUAUGUAGAAGGUGAGAAAUAGGCAGCAUAGAUGUGUACUGAAAAAAAUUUCCACAAGUUUAAACAUUUCCAGAAGAAUCUAAACCCAAAGGCAGACAUUUGAUGCUUGAAAUGUUUGCUCAUAUUUGAUGAGCAAACAAUGUAUUUGUACCAUUUGUUCAAGUUGGAUUGGCGUAGCAGGGCUGUCCUGUGAUUUUGUUUCCUGGUGUAAGUGAAUAUCUUUUGUGUUAGGUUGUUAACACAGAGGGUAACUCAGCUGUGAGGAGUCAGCACACCUAGUCUGGUGUUUCUAUGCUCUGGAUUGCCUUUUUGCACUGUGCAAAACAAAAAUUUGACUCUUCCAGCUAUGGUUGUUACUGAUUAGUUUCUCCUUGAAUCACUGUAAGAGAAACGAGUGUUAGGUCUUUAGAGUUUGCUCUUCUGGAAGGUUAUGUGACUGUUGUAUUUUAUGCCAUGAGAAAUCAUUUGCCAAACUGAGAAAAGAAAGAUGUUGAUAGUCGUGAGCACUUUAUUCUCCAGUUCAGCUGGCACGGUUUGACGGCUGAUGGGUUGCAGUUUUUUAGAUUUAAACCUGCUGGUGGUGGCAUGUGUGUUCUGUUUGUUUCGUACUGCAUAAGAAUAUAAGAAAUUACAGAAAUGAGUCCUUGGCAGGUGUUUAGCCUACUUAAACAACUUUUGGUGGAAAGAAAACUGGUUCAGUGAAAUAAAACACUAGAAUAUACAUAUAUUUGUGAUGCGUCUCCACUCUAGUGGAGUAUUAAUCAGUCGCUGUAAUGAUGAGUCAAUCUGCAGAGGAUUAAUCAUAUUGGAGGUGGUUGAUACUGCUUGGAAGAUGAUUUUCAAAAGGAAAUUUAAUUGAAAAUGGUAAAUUUGCACACUUUGUUACAGAUGUGUGACAUGCCAUUUAGAGUAAGUGUAAUGAGUCUUUAGAUAAGGAACUUGAUAUUAACCUUUUUUUAUUAUUCAGGGGGAAAUCUUUCCUUAAUUCUGUUGUCAGUGCACAACACCUUCUUUUAAUUAUCAAAGUGACUAAACGACUCCUUAAGAAGCUGGACAGGAACUUAAUGAGCCCUGAUAUCUCCCAACUGCUUAAAAAGAAUAUAACAAGUUGAUUUAAGGAUAGAGUUUUUAUGUAUUGUAGUAACAUGAAAUGGUGUUAAAGCUGAGAUUAUAGACACUGAGAAGGGAAAUUUAGCUGUUUUCAAAGCUUUUAUUGUAGGCACGUAGUUUGUAUGUCUUUUAAUUAGCCAAAUCCUCCUACUCUAAGGCUUGCAGCCAAAGGCUCGAGUUAAUUUAGUCAAAGGUGGACCUGCCCUUGUCCUUAAAUGAGGGUCUGUCAGUGAUUAAGUGGGUGCCUAGGCACCACAGUGACUGUGCAUUCUUCAUUGUACCCCGGGCAAACGUUUGUCACAUAAUGAAGCUGUAAGUACGGCAGUCGGUACAAAGCAGAGUGUUCAAGGGAUCCCCGAAUUUGCCCUCCACUGGGAAUUGUAAAUUGUAGUUUUAAGUUAAGCUGCGGUAGCUGAAGUGUGCGUCUUAAAGGUUUUGAUUGUGUGGUCUUCAGUGUCAGGAAAACAGUUGGGAAUAAUAUGACAUUGGUAGGUAUAUACUGCUGAAGUGCCAUGAUAGUACUGAAGGGAAAGCUUAGUAUGUAGGUAAGAAUUUAAAUAAAUUAGUCACUUUAAAGGAUGCAAAAGUCUCCUUUUUAAAAAUGGACAUAUAUGUUUGUUUAUUCUUUCUCUUUUAGUUUGGACACAAAUUUAUGGAGCAAAAAAAACAAGAGACCAUCAAAAGAGUCAAAAAAUCUAGCUGUUUAUGUAGUUGGUUUAAAAUGGAGUAAAACAACAUCUCUGUGUGAGUAAAAGUUGAAGGUGAUCAGUAGUAAAUGAACAGCCGCUUAGUUUGGAGGAUGUCUUGUCAUAAGGCUGUUAGUUUUCUCUGGUCCCAGGUUCUUACAAGUGAAUACUUUAAUCCGUUUUCCAUCGCUCACAUUUCAAGAUAUAAUGUAAGGAAUAUUGGCAUAUUACAUUGUAUUGCCUUAUUCUAGCAAAAAAAAAAAAUAAAGAGCAGUAAGUGCUCAUUCACCUCAGCUAGCAUUCUCUGUUUUCUUUCAACAAAUAGACUUUUUUUUCUGCUGUCACAACAUUUAAUCAUGCCCGGCAGUGAUAAGACAGCAGUAAGCAGAUAUAUAUUCACUGGUUUAGUUUAAAAACAAAGUUAGCAUAAGCGAGGUGGCUAGCUAGCUAACCAACAAGUCUAGCUUGUUUUGUUUAGCCACCGGUAUUUUCAGUCAAGCCAGCUAGCAAGGCAAGCCUCUUAAUUUAACCAACAUCUUAACUGGUCACUGCACUUGGAUUUGAAUAAAGUGUGUUUUGACAUCUUUAAAUGUAGUAAAGACAAAAGGGAAAUUAAUACACAUUUAGAAAUAUUAGAAAAAUAACCGCACUUCAAAUGAAUUUACCUCUUGCUCUAGCUCUAUUUAAACUCACUAACUUAAAGUAUUGGUUAUUAAAUUGUUCAUCAGUUUUUUUGACUCAUUUGAUCGGUUCAGUUUCGCUGGUUUAUUGUGGUAAAGCUUAUUUUCAAUUAAUAACUUGAGUAUCUGGCUCCUUACAUUUUUUAAAUGGUAACUUUCCCCCUUUUUUGCUUAGAGAUCUAAUGGGAUCCAUAAGCAGUAAAAACCAAUGCCAUUUUUAAUUCUGAAGUAUUAUCCACAUACCCUCUACAUUUUCCAUACUUGUUCAUUCUGCAGUUGUGUUAAAAAAAUCAUAAUGUGUACUGUUAUAUGCUGAUUCUCUACUUUACAAUGUAAACACUAUGUCUUAGUUAACUCUGUUGUACAAAGACCAUGUGUAGGCCGUAGUUGUCAAGUUCAGCUAUAUUAAAAUACUAAAAAGCGUACAUGGACAUUAGUGUCUAGAGGUGCUAAUAACAUUAGACUGUAUUUUCUGUCUUUUAUUGUAUUAUUGACUAGUGUUAACUGUCUGUAACACAACAGAGUGUAAUGAAAUCAUUUCAAUAUUAAACAGUAUAGAUAUAUUAUUGCAUAA